AAGUAUCGCGGGAAGUGGGAAGAGGGAGGGAAAGUAGCGCUUAGAAGUCGCUAUGGUGACGGAAAGGUCGGGAGGUUUACUGGCAACUGGUCCCAGCUUUCAGAGUGGUCGCCACGGCUUUCCUGGAACUUGAGUGAGUACAUUCAAGUAGCAUUUUUACUAGAAGUGGAGACAUGAGAUUGAAGAUAUCGCUUUUAAAGGAACCAAAGCAUCAAGAAUUAGUAAGCUGUGUGGGCUGGACUACUGCUGAAGAGCUGUAUUCAUGUAGUGAUGAUCACCAGAUAGUGAAGUGGAACUUGUUAACCAGUGACACAAGUCAAAUAGUGAAACUUCCUGAUGAUAUUUACCCGAUAGAUCUCCACUGGUUUCCAAAAAGUUUAGGCACAAAGAAACAGACUCAAGCAGAGAGCUUUGUCCUCACAAGUUCCGAUGGUAAAUUUCAUCUGAUUUCCAAGUUAGGAAGAGUGGAAAAAAGUGUAGAAGCUCACUGUGGAGCUGUACUUGCAGGAAGAUGGAAUUAUGAAGGAACAGCAUUAGUUACAGUUGGAGAAGAUGGACAAAUUAAAAUUUGGUCAAAGACUGGAAUGCUUAGAUCAAUGUUAGCUCAGCAAGGAACACCAGUGUAUUCAGUAGCAUGGGGCCCCGAUUCAGAAAAAGUUCUUUACACAGCAGGCAAGCAGCUGAUCAUUAAACCUCUUCAACCAAAUGCUAAAGUUUUACAGUGGAAAGCUCAUGAUGGCAUUAUUUUAAAAGUAGAUUGGAACUCAGUCAAUGAUCUUAUUUUAUCUGCUGGUGAAGACUGUAAAUAUAAGGUGUGGGAUAGUUAUGGUCGCCUUCUGUACAAUUCACAGCCUCAUGAGCAUCCUAUUACCUCAGUUGCCUGGGCUCCAGAUGGAGAAAUAUUUGCUGUUGGAUCAUUUAAUACUUUACGCCUGUGUGACAAAACUGGGUGGUCAUAUGCUUUAGAGAAACCCAACACUGGCAGCAUAUUUAAUAUUGCGUGGUCAAUUGACGGUACUCAGAUUGCUGGAGCCUGUGGAAAUGGGCACGUUGUUUUUGCACAUGUGGUGGAGCAACGUUGGGAGUGGAAAAAUUUUCAAGUAACAUUAACUAAAAGGAGGACCAUGCAGGUUCGUAACGUUCUUAAUGAUGCAGUGGAUUUACUGGAAUUCCGUGAUAGAGUCAUUAAAGCAUCUUUGAACUGUGCACACUUAGUUGUUUCAACAUCUCUUCAGUGUUAUGUGUUCUCUACAAAGAACUGGAAUACACCACUUAUAUUUGAUCUCAAGGAAGGAACGGUUAGUUUAAUUCUACAAGCAGAAAGACAUUUUCUUCUGGUCGAUGGUGGUGGUAUCUAUUUAUAUUCUUAUGAGGGGCGCUUCAUUUCUUCUCCAAAAUUUCCUGGAAUGAGAACAGAUAUUCUGAAUGCACAGACUGUGUCUCUGAGUAAUGAUACUGUAGCAAUAAAAGACAAAGCCGAUGAAAAAAUAAUCUUCCUCUUUGAUGCAGCAACUGGAAAACCACUUGGGGAUGGGCAGCUUCUUUCUCAUAAGAAUGAAAUCUUGGAAAUUGCUCUGGAUCAAAAAGGACUUACCAAUGAUAGAAAAAUUGCUUUCAUUGAUAAAAAUAGAGAUCUCUAUAUUACCUCAGUGAAACGAUUUGGGAAGGAAGAACAAAUAAUCAAACUCGGAACAAUGGUGCAUACUUUGGCAUGGUGUGAUACAUGCAAUAUCCUUUGUGGACUUCAAGAUACUCGGUUUACAGUAUGGUAUUAUCCCAAUACCGUUUAUGUGGACAGAGACAUUUUGCCUAAAACAUUGUAUGAAAGGGAUGCAAGUGAAUAUAGUAAAAACCCCCAUAUUGUGAGUUUUGUUGGAAAUCAGGUAACUAUAAGAAGAGCUGAUGGCUCCCUAGUUCAGAUCAGCAUAUCUCCAUAUCCUGCUAUUCUCCAUGAGUAUGUAAGCAGUUCAAAAUGGGAGGAUGCUGUAAGACUUUGUCGCUUUGUUAAGGAGCAAACAAUGUGGGCUUGUCUAGCCGCUAUGGCAGUUGCUAGUCGAGAUAUGACUACUGCGGAAAUAGCCUAUGCAGCAAUUGGUGAAAUUGAUAAGGUUCAGUACAUCAAUUCUAUGAAAGAGCUCCCAUCUAAGGAAUCAAAAAUGGCUCACAUACUAAUGUUUAGUGGGAACAUACAGGAGGCUGAAAUGGUACUUCUUCAGGCUGGCCUCGUUUAUCAAGCGAUCCAGAUCAAUAUUAAUCUCUAUAACUGGGAGAGGGCUCUGGAACUGGCUGUAAAGUACAAAACGCAUGUUGAUACAGUUCUUGCUUACCGUCAAAAGUUUUUGGAGACAUUUGGUAAACAGGAAACCAAUAAACGAUACUUGCAGUAUGCAGAAGGCCUCCAAGUAGAUUGGGAGAAAAUCAAAGCCAAAAUUGAGAUGGAAAUAACUAAAGAACGAGAGCGCUCCUCAAGCAGCCAGUCCAGCAAGAACCUGGGUCUUAAGCAGUAAAUGCCGUGCUAACCUUUAAGAAGUUUUGUUUCUGAAAUUUAUUCUAGUUAACCAAAGAUAAGCAUGUUUUGGAUGCUAAAGAAAAAAAGCAUAAUCUUGGGGCUGGUGGUAUAGCUCAGUGGUAGAAGGCUUGCCUAGCAUGCAUGAGGAUUCCAUCCCCAGUACUAAAAACAGAAAAAGGAAGAAAAAAAAAAGGUGUAAUCUUUAAAUAGUUACAACCACUUUCUGUGUACUUAAUACUAUGGGUACAUUCAGAAAGAUU